GGUCAUGUUUCACAGCCAUGAAGCAAUUGGAUAUCGUGGUGAUGCCGUAAAUGAAGUGAGUUUGCGGAACCCUUAGGUAAUCUUUAUCGGCAUUACAUUAAAGUUUAGGUCCGUUGGUUUCGGUACUCUUUCAAUCAGCAGAUCAAGUUCGAAUCUUAUUACGGCUAUGGAGUUCCAGGCAACGUCGUUACUUCUCACACAAUAGAUCUGCAUAGUGUGAUGAACGAGAUCUCGGGAUAACUGAGAUUCAUUAAUGUCAUACAUUAUUGUUUAUUUGGUUUCAGGAAACUGGCAAUGUCCGAGCUGUGUUGUGCAGAUAUAUCUCAAGAUACUGUGGAAAGCUUAAAAAAGUUCAAGUUUCGAAAAUGCAACAAUACAGUUGCCCUUAUACUGAAAAUUGACAAGGAGAGUUUGACGCUUGAAAUAGAAUCAAUACUUGAAGAUACUACUGUGGAAAAUCUCAAAGACUGUUUACCAUCUCACCAACCGAGGUAUAUCCUUCUAAGUUAUCGUUAUGAAAAAGAAGAUGGACGAGUGUCGUUCCCCUACUGUUUACUGUUUUCAACUCCACAAGACUAUUUAGGCCCGUACGUUGAGUAGUUUAGAUUAUUAGACCUAAGGGUGCUCAAGUAAACACACACCUAUCACAAGAAAGUGAAAUCAUCAUGUUUACAAAAUCCUGUAUCGGGAAAUGAUAAAGAUAAGUGAAAAACUUGGGCACUAUGGUAGAAUGUAAUUCCAUAUUAGAUUUGUUUAUUUGAUAUGAAGUGCACAGUGAUACAGUAUUAUUUACUUGAUUACGUUUCGAG